AUGGCCCAGAAACUGCGACCGCAACAGGCGCAGGCCGUCGACCGCCAGGUCACGAUCCAGUCGAGCUUGCAGCAGGUCAAGGAACUGCUCGAAGCUGGGAUCGGCUGUGUCGCCUACUUGCGCGGUCUCCUCCCCGAAGACUCGUUUGAAGACUACAAGCUGCUCGCCCCUCGCCCUCCCGUCUCUCGCUCGAGCUCGAAAAGGGAACGCUCCGAGGACCCUGCAAAGGAGAACACGCCGUCGUCUGUCAGGGUGAAGAAACUGAAGAGGGGUUCGUCGAGCGAGGCAGACAAGCUGCUCGACUACCUCGAGGUGGGUGCGACCGAAGCGAUCGAGAAGGGCUACCUUCACCAGCUCGUCUUCGCCAUCUACCUCGAUCCGGACGACCCGACCAACCUCGUCGAGAGCUACACGUUCACCUUCAGCUACGAGACAGACCCGGAGGGCAACAAGAAACCCGAGCUUGUCGUGCAAGACCAGCUGAGCGGUAUGGUCAUCUCAUCGUCGAUGUUCGGGCACACUUCGCGCGACAAUACUCGCAAGGAAGGCGACGUCAAGCGGCAAGUCCAGCAAAUGAUCAAGAACCUUAUCACGAGCACUCAAGUCCUCGACGAGCUGCCUCGUCGCCGCUUCCUCAACGUCCGCCUCUUCUACACAGAUGACACGCCGCCCGAGUACGAGCCACCGCACUUCCGCCCUGUCGCGAUCGACGCCCCUGGGUAUAGCUUCAGCACGCCCACUGUCGCGGACGAGCCCGACUUUGGCACGCUCGGGACGGUGGCGACUGGCUUCCACGGCGUCGCCCUCCACUCCGUCUCGAUCGCCCAUGUCCUCGACACCUCGUACGACGAGAACAUCUCGCUCGACGAGGCGCUCGUCCGCAACAAGCGCGAUGCCGCCUCUCGUCCAGUCGUCUGGAACGCCGAGAGUCUCGCCGAGCGAGUCACGGACGAGGACGACAAACUCGUCGUGGCCGAGCCUGUCGCCGUCAAGGAUCCUUCCGGCAAGAUUAUCCCGUUCGAGCUCGUCAGCUCGGCCGAGAGCGAGGAGAUGGCGCACUUGAGGCAGAAGAUCGGGAUCGAGUUUAACGAGGACGCACUUGUCGUCGCCAAGGGUCACAUGGAGGAGACGCUUGUCGACUCGAACAUUUCGGACAACGAGGCGCUGCGUCGAGCAAUCGCUGCCACCGAUAAACGCCCGCCCUCGACGAGCUCCCCCGCCACGCAGGUCGCGCCAGUCGUCUCGCGCCAGCGCUCGUGCCGCCCUCCUGUCCCCCUCUUCGGCGAGUCGACGGAGCAGUACAACCAGCGCAUCUCGGCCAGUCAAGCUACCGAGCCGCAGGUGCCGCAGGCCUCGCAGCAGAAAGGUGACGACCGCAAGGACAAGCGGGACGAGAUGCCUGUCGAGACGCAGCUGUUCGACUACAGCCAGACGCUCCCGGAAGCGCAGAUCGUCGACGAAGAGUCGGACGAGGAGGCAGAGCCGGACACGGUUCAGACGCAGGAGAUGCAGACGUCGCCAAAGAAGGCAACGAAGACCGCCGAGACGAAGAGCAAGCGUCCGACCGCGAAGAGCUCGAGGAAUCGCUCGAAGUUCGCUGGAGAUGCGUGCGAGUGCGGCGACAAGUCGGACGACGGCGGGAUGAUCUGCUGCUCGAACUGCGAGGUCUGGAAGCACGCCGCCUGCUACGGCUUCGAGACCGUCAAGGACAGCCGCAUCCCCGACGUGUUCGUCUGCUACCACUGCCGCACGCAGGCCGGCAUCGCCGAAUCCAUCCUCGACCCCGACAGGGAGGCCGAAAUUGAGCAAGCGAUUGCGGACUUGCAGAGUUUGGCGCUCUUCCGCCGUGCGCUCGCCAUCGUCUACAGGGAGGGUCUGCUCGGCAUGAAGGAACUGGCGGAGCGCCUCGACGUCGACAAUGCUACCGCAGGACAGGUGCUCAAGCGCCUCAAGGCUGAAGACUUCGUCCUCGAGCAGACUGGGACCCGUCGCCAGCGCGGCAAGAACAGCACGCAGCCCGAAUCGAUGAGGGCUCCCGCUCUCUGCGUUAACAAGCACCCGAAGCAGGUCAAGCGCAAGAAGCUCGAGUACUUCAACCCUGGCCAAGGCGCCGAACUCGCUUUCACCGCUGCUCUCGAGUUGAGCGACGCGGACGCUGAUGCUGACGGACAGCAAGAGGACGCUGCGAUGGCAUGUCCAGCGCAGCCCGUUGUCCGCUCCGACCCGCUCACCUUUGCCUCGCAGGUCUGCCGCUUCGAAGAUGCGCAGAAUGCUCAGCCUUCCGCUUCCGGCUCUCGUCAAGCUGCUGUCCUCGUCGAGGCGACGCCUUCUCCCGCACCUUCCCGUGCGCAGACUAUGGAUGCUUCCCAAGCCGACUCGAUCGUCGACAACGCUUCGCAGCCUGCGAACGGCAUCCUUCGUCGCGAGUCGACCGAGAUCUUCUCGACGCCCGCCAACUCGUCGUCUGCUUCUGCUGCGCUCUCCAAAGCUGCUGCCGCGCCUCGUCUGCCUGUCUUUGAAGCGCCGAAGUCUUCCUAUGUUCCGCGCUUCGACAAGAAGGGCAAGGGCAAGGCGCCUGCCAAGCUCGCCAACGAUCCCUUCCAUCGUGCUUCGUCGUACAGGCAGGACCCCGACUUGAUGGACAUCGACGAAGCCGACUCCGAAGCUCUUCCUUCCAAGCGUCGCUCGCUGGGCGAGAUCGAUUCGAAGGCCGACGGAAGCUCGUCGGCGCGCACGAGGAGGAGCAACCCGGUGAAGAAGUGCAGCGAGGCGAGCGAGAUUGAGGUUUGA